AUGCUAACAUGGCCAUUCUUGCUCACAGUGACCAUUUCGAUUCUCUUGUGGUUUGCUGUCGGAACAUUUAUUUCGAGGUCAAGCACAGGAUUUCCACAAGCCACAGGUGAGAUGGAAUUUUUACAAGAUUUGCCAACGUUUUGGCUCGUGUGUCUCCUGGUGCUAUCGUCCAGUCUUUUGCGUGACAGUGUUUGGAAACUUGUACGUCGAUUUUCACUGCCUUCAAUGUAUCACAUUCUUCAAGAGCGCGACCUUCUAGGCUUGCCAAACUCGCCGCGUCGCAUUCAGCGAGAGCAUCGACACUUUAUAUCAAACACAGCGUGGUCGGAUGGGCUAGACACUGUUAUCGACUAUGCAAAGCUAUGUAAGAACAGAUCACGGAUGGAAAGCCCCGAAGAAAUGCUAAUGCGUGCUUCACCCCUCGGCGAGCGGUUGAUUGUGUCAUGUUCAUCCAAUACCUCUACUGAUGCAGAGAUCGAACCACAGCGGGUGAUAGGUUUUCAGGGCUCUGAAAAAAAGCGAAAUAUCCGUAUUCGUGGAUCAUUUCAGUCCAUCGGUACGCCUGAUAGCCCCCCCACAGGCAUGAUGGCGUCUUUUCAGGAACCCUCUGGUUCUGGUGUUGUCACUGGCUUCGCUGAUGCACCAGUCAACUCAAGGUCGUACCCAUAUGUGGGUCCAGCAGGCACCUAUCACGGUUAUGCGUUUUCAGAGGACGAAAAUGUUGAUAGCGAUGUCGAGACUGUGUCUGCAAGGAACUGUCGAGUCGAAAAGGACCGAGCUAAGGCCGCAUUCGGAGCGCAUGUUUCUAUCAAGAAGGUUUACAAAUCGGUGCGUGGUAGGAAGAACGCAUAA